AUGCCUCCAUCCACACAAGGCACGUCUGCUUCAACAUCAUCUUCUAUACCUCAAGCACCUUCAUCGUCCAGAUGGCUCAGUGCAAGCAAUGCUGCACAGCAAUCAAGUUCACAGAGUGUACACCAGCAUGCUUCUCAGCAGGCUCAACCUCCAUCAGUGCAAGCCAAUUGCACAAUAGCACCAAAUUCGGUUCCUAACCCGGCCCAGCCAUCUUCAGCACAGCAGGCUUUAGUGCAGCCCACUGCUGUUCAACCCCAAGCCACUCCCACACCUGCAGAUGAGAUUGCAGCCUUACGUGCACAAAUUGCCAAGCUCAAGCAUGGCAAAGCUCACAGCGUCCCUUUACUGGCCAGAGCUCCUGCCCCUCAGCAGGCAUUAGUCGCAGACCCAGCAGCUGUUAAAUAUAUUCGGGCAAAUUUAGCUGGCACUAAGGAAGAGUCUAAAUGUCUCACCUUACCUGCUCUACAACCCAGGCACAAAGGCAUCCAUUACCGCUUUGUCGAUCAAGGAUCUAUCCUACCAUGCUCUGUGCCUGCAAAGGUGGAAGACAUGUUUAAGCAGUACCAUUACAUUCCAUACACGACUCUCAUCCAUGCAGCUUGGUCCAAAGCUUUCCUGUGUGGCGAGGACUCGUCCUAUGUCUUCACACAUACGGUCUAA